CAGUACGUCAUCAUACGUACGGAUAGACAGCUGCCAAAUAAUCUAAGCUAGAUUCUAGACUAGUCUAAAAUUAAAAAAAAAAAAUGAUAAUACAUUUCAGUUCAGAUGAUGUGUAUCAAGCACUUAAGCUUUCAUAUUCGGUUGAUAGGGGAUGACAGCCUAGCAGACAAAUAUGAACCUGGGACUAUCAAAACGACCAGACAACAGUCCAGUCACUCCAGUGAGCAUACCGCAAGACCAGGCUGCCAUCCAUCCUUGCCAAAUGAUGAACACUUUAAACAACUUUUAGAAGUUUUGACACUACCUCCCCUCUAUACAACACUGCGAAUUAAUUCAGUAGAAAAUGAUCCAGAUAAUAACAUUUUAUUGGAGGAAAUUCAGCUCCAUCUCAAAAAGCAAACUGAUGCUCUCUGUAGACCAGAAUACAACAUGUUUAUUCAUCCUGUGUUGAAAGACUGUUUACUUAUUCAGAACAGAGGACCCAAAACUAUUGACGUGGUAGACAAAGAAAUCAUUGUAGAUUUGUCCUGUGGAAUGGCAGUUCUCAGAGGUGCACAUGUUUUCAAAGUAGGAAUUAUGGGAGCUCCAAUGAGUCUUAGAGCUGGCGAUGUUGUAUCUGUGUAUGCUGACCUUGAUGGACACUGUUUGAAAGGAACAGCUACUUGCUAUAGUAAUCAGAAGUUGUUUGUUGGAAAUGGUGUAGCUCAUGUUUCUAGAUCUGAUUUGUUUAACUCUCAGACUUUACAAAGUGGGAUUGGCAUACUGAUGACUCAUCCGGUAUAUGAAGCCCCUUCCCUUGCAGAAAUGUUAACAGUCAGGAUUUCUUCUCAAAAUUUACCCUCUAUUGCCUGUGUCUAUGCUUUGGAUCCACAGGAAGGGGAGAUCAUUCUAGACAUGUGUGCAGCACCAGGAGGAAAGACAACUCAUAUAGCUGGCUUGAUUGGAGAUAAAGGACUUGUUAUUGCACUAGACAAAAGCUCUCAAAGAGUAAAGAAAAUGCAAACCUUAAAGAAGAAGAAUAUAGAGAUGUAUGUCUUUGAUUCAACAAAAGCAUGGUGUCCUAGUGCAGAUGGCUCUAAUAGGCCACCCUACAGCCCAGAGACCUUUGAUCGUAUUUUGGUGGAUGCUCCUUGCAGUGCUCUAGGCCAGAGACCUUGCUACAAAAAUGAGAUUUUACUUAAUCAACUCAGAUCUUAUCCAGUUAUCCAGCAUCAACUUUUAAAAACGGCUGUCAAGUUAUUAAAACCUGGAGGUGUGAUGGUCUACAGUACAUGUACAAUAACCAAAGAAGAAAAUGAGGAUCAAGUUUCUAGACUGCUAGCUACAAAUCCCCAAAUAGAACUCAUACAUACACCUUAUAAACUUGGAGGUGAUGCUUUACCCACUUGUGACUUAUCCAGUGAAGACAAAUCAAAAGUUCAGAGAUUCGAUCCUAGUUUUUUAUAUUCUGAUGACAAAGACCUUUACAAUGUUGACACUAUUGGAUUUUUUAUUGCGAAGUUUCAAAAAUUAAAAUAAAUUAAAACUUGAAUUUUAAUAUAUGUAUA